AUGAAUCCUAAUAGUACGACAGAUGACACAUAAUUCUCCCUUUUAGAAAAAAAACCAAAAAAAUCACAAUUGUUCUCAAAGAUUUUCUUCUUUACCUUAGGUGUGUCGUCACUAUCAGGAUGGAAUGCUAUCUUAACUGGUUUAUCAUAUUUCGCUGAUUAAUAUGAAGGGAGAAAUGUUUAUUUCAUACUGCCCAUACCUAACUUCUUAAGUUUGUGCUUGAUUGGAUUAUUCUUACCUCGUAUCAGUUCUCUAUUGUCAAUGUUUUUCAGGAUCGUCUGGUCAUUAAUAAUUUUAUGUGGACUAUUGUUUCUUUUACCAAUGAUAGCAUUAGAGAUGCACAGUACUCUAGGAUAUUGGUUAUGUUUAGCCACAAUUUUCAUCAUGGGAAUAUUUUCAGCACUACAAUAGAAUAGUUCAAUUGGGAUGUCUGGAAUACUGGGUCCAGAGUAUGUCAAUGUAUUCUUUAUUGGUACAGGAGCAUCUGGAACAAUUAUUACAAUUUUCAGAUUAAUAUCUUUGGCAGCAAUUGAUAGCGAAAAAUCAAUCUUUUUAUAUAUUGGAAUUGCAGUGCUUUGGAAUAUUGGCGCCAUAGUGAUGUACUUUGCAUUUACUAAGACACCAUAAUAUAGGAAGAUUAUUUAGGCUCACAAAAAGGGUAGGAAGUCAGUUUUAGUUCAUGAUCAAAUUGUUACAUAGGAGGAACCGGAUAAUGCAGUGUAAAAUGACAGUUUAAUUUCUGAUAUCAUCAAUUCGGAAAUUGCCAAUUAAAACAAUUAAACUGAAACAUCAGAUCACAAAAAUGGAAUUGUGCCAUCCAAAUAAAAUAAAGACUAAAUAUCAAUAGAAAAAAUGAAUGUGAUUUAAACUUUGGUCUGGAUUAAUAAAGUAGCCUUUCCUAUUCCUUUGUUGAUUGUGAUCCUUUACAUUUAAACAUUUAUGAUGUUUCCAGGAGUAGCCUUCUAAAAGCCUUUCGAUGCUAAUUUUAUUUAUUGGGGUCAAUGCUUUAUUAGUUUAGGAUACAAUUUUGGAGAUACCUUAGGAAAGUUUAUAGCUGGAAAUAGAUAACUAUUUAAUCUAUAAAUUUUAAUUGGGUUAUUCUUAGGAAGAUUUGUUUUUUAUUACACCUUCAUAGCAAUUGCCUAAGGAACUCUGGCUGCCGAUUGGAUAACGUAUGUAAACACCUUUCUAUUUGGAAUCUUGAAUGGAUUUAUUACUACAGGCUACAUGAUAUUGGGACCAGAAAAAACAAACGAAGGUUUUGUUAAAGAAAAAAUUGGAUUUGUAUCAGGAUUUGCCCUUUGCUUUGGCAUUAUGUUAGGAUCGUUCUUAGCUUUGCCUUUUUCAAAUAUAUCUAAAUGA